UCAGGUGCCAGGCGCCAAACGCGACGCACCGUAGCAGUCAGUGACGUUUUCCGAUCCCACGCAGCCUUACGAUUUCGCGACGUCAUAUCGUACGCUGCAUUUAUUUUACACUUUAUUUUAUUAUUGGACCUACAAUAAAAUGUCAUUAGAUUCAUGGUGUUUAUUGGACUGAUCACAAUAUUUCGUAAUACGUAGAACACAGUGAAUUUCGUAGCAGUGAGUGUAAUAGCUUUUCGUAGCUUUGAAGAAGUUUCAUUAUUUAAGGAUGUCUCGGCACGUUCUGCUAUCGCGGCUGGCGGAGCAGUUCCAGCCCUCGUCGCCGCCUCCGCCAGCUCACCGGUUCCCAUCACCUGAAGGGAGCAUGUCCCCCCGGACCCCGCCGUCCCCGCACUCACCCCCGCGCUCGCCUGACACUCUCUCACAUCACCGGCUGGAUUUACUGCAGUUGGGAGAUAUCGAGAUAGCUGGGAGGGCGCUUAAGCAGUACGCACGGGCUACAGAGUUGGGUGCACUGAUGUACUGCAGUGGCCUCGGAGCGCUAUACAGCGGCGCGGGAGUGUGGCCGCUGCUGAUGCCGCGAGCCUCGCCUCACUUCGCCAGACCCUCGGUGGACCACGCCAGGCAUACCCCACCUAGAGACGAUGAUGAGGAAGAGCUUCCUUUGAAUUUGUCAACCAAAAACCGGCAUAUCUGGUCCCCGGGAAGUGCUUGUGAGCGUGAAAAAGUUGAAGUGGGAGAAGAGUCGCCGAUAUCCCGAUGGGAGGGUCAGGAUGACACAGACACGCCUCUCGAACUAGUCAAGAGAUGCCGCAGCAACCCUGACGAGGCCGAGCGGCCGCCGAGCGCGGAGCCGCGCCGCUGUCCCUCCGCGCCCGCACACCAUAACUACCCCAUCAAACCCUCACCAGCCGGAGACCUCAACUUCUCUCUACUACUCAAAAAUGAAAACAGAAACGAAAAAUCAUUCCAAUGCAAGCAGUGCGGCAAGUGCUUCAAGCGGUCGAGCACGCUGUCCACGCACCUGCUGAUCCACUCGGACACGCGGCCCUACCCCUGCCAGUACUGCGGCAAGCGGUUCCACCAGAAGUCAGACAUGAAGAAGCAUACUUAUAUACACACAGGUGAGAAGCCGCACAAAUGCGUAGUGUGUUCGAAAGCGUUCAGCCAGAGCUCGAACCUGAUCACGCACAUGCGCAAGCACACGGGCUACAAGCCGUUCUCGUGCGGGCUCUGCGACAAGGCCUUCCAGAGGAAGGUGGACCUGCGCCGUCAUCGCGACUCGCAGCACUCGGACGCGGCCGAGCCCCCCGCCGCGCUGCAGGUGCCACACCGCUACAGGUACUUCGGCGACGAACCCCCGGCACCCCUCACCCCACUCAUCACCAACUAAUGCCAGAGCAAUCACAGCUCCAACAAAAGAUGAUGCUUGCAAUUCCUGACUCGCAUGCAGUGCAAACUAGUGUGGUCCUAAGGGUGACACUGAAACUAGCAAACAAAGAAAAGUUAUGCUUAGUUAUCCAUAUGAUUGCGAAACCUGAAGGUUGUAUUUAAGAGGAGUUGUCUAUGUGUAAAUAGAAAUAAUUGUUACCUUUUAGUGCCUUAAGAAAUACCUGUGAAACGUGUUGUUACUAAUUAACCAUGUUCUACAAAGAAUUACGAAUAGAUUGAUAACUGUGUAUAUUUUUAGUGUAAACCUUACAAUCUCCGUCCCAUAAAACAGUGAUAUAAAAGUAGGUAUGGAACAGUCUAUUUAAAAACUGUCGGCAAUCUGGUACCCUGUAGGUAAGUAAUAUAUAGUCUAAUAAUACCAAAGUAAAGUGUCUUAUUUAGUCGUGUGUGAAACGCUUUAUUUAUUUAGACUAGAGCUAAAUAGGCGUCAUAUAUUUUAUUUAGUAUUUAUAACUUAUAGGUAGAAGGCCCACGUCGUUUGUAUUUUAUACUACGACAUUUUAAUUUUUGGGGAGCCAUUGGUAUUGAAUUGUAUAGUUUUACUACUUUGACACGUAAUGUUGAAGAUGUACAAGGAACUCCUUAUUAAUUGUGUUAAGUCUGCAUAAAAUUACUAUGAUACUUAUGACGAUAUUUUGUACAUAAUCACGUUUACCACUCAGAAGAGGAAUUCAAGUGUUACCGCUUAUUGGUCUGUUACCAUACAUCACUUUACGAAGUUAUGCCCCCUUAAUAAUGCAUUGAAAAACCGUCGUAAUUAUUAUAUUUUAUCGGUAUUACCUACUUCAGAUAUUUUAAUAUUUGAAGAUCCUCAAAAAUGAGGCCAACGAAACUAAUUUAUGUUAAAUAAAUUCGUUUUGUUGGUCGUUUUUUAUCUAACAUAAAUUAGUUUUGUCAAAAUCAUUUAAUUAUGACGGCUUCAUAGCACCUACCACAAGUUUGUCACCAUUAUAAACAAAUGCAAUUUAUUCAUGUGUAAUUCUUCAUAAUGCAUUUAUUUUAGAAAUAAGUCGUGUUUAAUGAAUUUUGAAUUAUAGACGUAGUUUAUUAGAGGCUAUACCUAAUUUCUUUUAUGAGACUGCACUAAAAAUUAAUCUGAAACACUAUUUUUUGAAUGUGUAUUAAAAACGAUUUAUAGGUGUUUUAUAUCAAUGUAAUUGAAGUGUGAAAUUUUAUGUUAUUGUAAAAAUCAGAUGUACCUUAUUAUAUUUAGAUAGGUAUAGCUUUACAGUCGCGUGUUUUCAUAUUAAAAGUGACGUUGUUACUUGAAAACUUAACGGCUAGAACACCAAAGAGAGUUCAGCGGUCAGUGAUGAUUGACUCGUGCAUGCCUUACGACUUGAAUUGUGACUGAAUACUUCGGACAGCGUUGUCGACACACUAGAAUAAGUAUUUACCUUUUGUAUAUUCAAUUACCAAAUUUUCAUGGUAAAGUACCUACUACGGUCAAACCGUUAUACUACUUUUAAUGUUUUGGACACAUUUGAUAUUGUCAUCACCAACAUGCUUGAAAGUGAAAUCGUCAGUCAAUUUCUAUAAGUUUUGGUUUAAGUUGUAAUUUAUUAAG